GCUGCUGCUGCCCGGGCCCCGGCCCCGGCCCCGGCCCCGGCGGCAGGAUGCAGGACCCAAAUAAAGACACGGAGUGGAAUGACAUCCUGCGCAAGAAAGGUAUCCUUCCUCCAAAGGAAAACCUGGAGGAACGGGAGCGCGCAAAGGAAGAGGAGCAGCUUGCCAUCCUUCAGAAGUCUCUUGUGAAAACUUAUGAAGACAUGACUCUGGAAGAACUAGAAGAGAAUGAAGAUGAGUUUAAUGAGGAAGAUGAGAAGGCUAUUGAAAUGUACAGGCAACAAAGGUUAGCAGAAAUGAAAGCAGCUCAAAUGAAGAAUAAAUUUGGGGAAGUUUUGGAGAUUUCAGGAAAAGAUUACGUUCAAGAGGUUACGAAAGCUGGAAAAGGUGUAUGGGUAGUCCUGCACCUCUACAAACAAGGAAUUCCACUCUGUGCCUUGAUAAAUCAACAUAUGAGCGGGCUUGCAAGAAAGUUUAGAGACGUGAAAUUCAUCAAAGCUAUCUCUACCACCUGCAUUCCCAACUACCCUGAUAAAAACCUGCCUACGAUAUUUGUAUACCUGGAGGGAGACAUCAAAGCUCAGUUUAUCGGGCCUUUGGUGUUCGGUGGCAUGAACCUGACAAGGGAUGAAUUGGAGUGGAAGAUUUCGGAGUCGGGUGCAAUCAAGACAGAUCUGGAAGAGAACCCCAGGAAGCAGAUUCAGGACCAGCUCAUGUCCUCAGUCAGGGCGUGUGUCCCAGCCAGGGGGGAGAGUGACUCAGAGGAUGACUAACUCCUGUGACUGCAUCAAGAUUGAUCCAGUACACUUGCAGCCAGCGUUCCUACCUAGAGCACUGAAGAUGCUCAUCAAGAUCUUGCUGAGCCCCAGAAGGGUCGUAUUUCAAGACAGCCAUUUAUCUAGAAACUAAAAAAAGUUUAUUAAAAAAAAAAACCCAAAAAAACUUACUGCAGUUUCACUUAAGAUCAUGAAAGAUAUUUUAUAUUCUGAAGCCUGAGUAAAUAUUACUCAAAGUUUUAAAAUACAGACAUCAGUAGAAACAGAGGUCUCUUGUUUUUUAUUUUAUUAGUAAAUUGCUGACUUUUAAGGCCACUUCAUAUUUUAGAUUUUAGUGCACUAUUUUUGACAAGCUUAACUCAUGUAAAUCAUGUUUAAGUAGCUGGUCUUACACAAUGGGUUAUAGUACUUAAUUGGGCCUUCUCUUAGCACACAGUGUGUAGAUGUCGGGCAUCCUGGACUGGGGAGAGCUAGGUGAGGUGACCCAUGACGUCGGUGCCACCUGAGGUGGCACGUGGUCCUGUUCUGGUAGGGAGGCCAGCGUGAGGCUGUGAACUGGGACCCCGGACGUCUUGGGAGAGGCCUUGGUGAUGGCCAGCAUCUCCUGGAACCUUCCGAGUCCAGAACCCCCUUUCCUUUAGCAGCAGUAUUUUGCCUUUCACAGGGGCUGAGCUUCCUGCACCAUCUUUACUGCUAACUGGGAAAGAAAAUUCAAGAUGGUGGUGCUCGAGUGUGAAGCGGCUGACUUCCUCCACAAAGACAAGUCUAAUGUGUUUCUACAGUAGUGUCAAAUGGAAGGGAAAACGAUGUCUAAAGACCUUACAUCUUUCUAUAUUAAAGCCUUCCAUCUUCUAGGUACAGUAAUAAUUGAGGCCUUAGGAGAGAGUGAACUGAAAUACCACCAUAAUUAUAGAUCUGCUGACACUUGGAGCUACUUGCUUAUUUUGGAUUGGGUUUAAUGCCCACCUACACUUUCAAUUUGUCUACGCUUGGGCUAACAAGCUCCAAGAGCUUUUGCUAAUAAGGCUGCCCCAAGGACAUUUUGUUAUAUUGCUGAUGGAUUCUGUGGGUGGAUGGUACAGAAUGCAACGCUCUAUAAAAAGCAAUUUUAUUUUAGUUUUGUAUUAGUUCAUAGCAACUUUUAAGCAUGUUUUUUGCACUCUGAUUCCCCAGUCAAAUCAGUGUGUAGUUCAAAUGAAUAACUGUUUCUUAAACUUUGGGUGAAGUUGUAGGAUUCUGAUGGAGAGCUGCUUCUCAGAUCUGAAUGGUGAUUUGAGUGUCACCUACGUUUCCUUUUCUCUUUUGUGUUUUUUGGCAAAACAAUUAAAACAUUAACAUUUUGCGGGUGAGCCAAAUGCAGCAGAAUACAAGCUGAUAAAUCCUGAAUAUUAUUAUUUUACAUACCACCACACUUCUCUUGAUACUGGACUAUCCAGAAUGCUAUCAGACCUGACGUUUUUCUGUACUUACCUACAAUUUACAAUCUAGGAAGGGGACAACUCUUUCUCCCCUGCGCUGCAUAUUUUGCUUAUCUUUUUUUUGUCCUCAUUUAACAGUGCUUUGGAGAGACCUCUGAGGACAUGGACUUUUAUUUCCUUUUGGAGCAGCUCCCAGAAGGAAAAUCAGUCCAAAGAGCUAGGCUAUUGCUAACCUGAAAUAAGACCCUGUGAAAUGUGUGUAGAGUGGAUGUUGCAUCCUCAGACUCUCCCUCCAGAUCUGCUGUAGUUGAGCUGUCUCAAUUACUGAUGCAGACACAGCUGCCAUACUAUUCUCAACUUGUUUAUAAUUUAAAGUUUAUGAAACCUUUUAGGAAGGGGAGGUAGAAUCUGCAAUCCAUCUUGUGUAUCGUUGCUGUGACAACUUCAAUUUGAAAUCUAAUUUAAAAAGUAGGCAAAGCUUUGGAUACUUUAUUUCUAUUAUUCCCUCUUUUAUUGUCUCCCACUUCAGUGCCUCUAUGGAGGCAGAGAAGCAAUAACAUUGCAGCUGGCCUUUCACUGUCUUCUAGAGCAUGGAUGAUUUAUGGACCGCAGUAGGAGAGAAGCUCGAAGCACGAUGACCACUGCAUGUAGAUGGGGUUGCUGAGGGCUCUGUCCUAUGGGAUCUUGGAAACAUCUAGGGAUGAAGAUUCCUCAGAUUGUCCCAGUGCUUGACCGGCUCCAGGGCAGCCCUCUUCUUCACAGCCUGCACAGGACAGCACAGGCAGCAAGACCUUGAGCCAGGACUACAGAAGAGUCUGUCCAGAGCUUGAUCUAAAGCUUGCUGUUCAAUCAGGAGAACUGGUGUUUCAAAGACAGACAGGCAUCCUUAGGAUACUAACCAUAGACCUGCUAGAGCUAAUCAGCAGAGAAAGCUGAAGGAUAGAGUGUGUGUUUUGACCAGACCAUACCAGCUUGUAAGGACCUUAGCCAGUGGCUCCCAGCUAAGAGGAUGUGUCUUGAGCCCCCCUUCUGGAAGGGGGAUGCUCACACCCUCUACUCCAGAAACUACAGGCCUUCCUCAGACAUUUCCUGCUUGUUCCUAUCCACACUGGCACAGUGAUUCUUGUUCCCUAAUCUGCAAAGUAAGCCAUCUUAGAUGGGAUGGUGUCCCCUCAGUGGAAGGCUCACCCCUUGUGAAUGAGGCACUGCCUUGGUGCGGGUUUGAGCCCCUCAGGCACAAGUGAGAAUUGAACCAAAGUGCUUAGGCCCUUGGCAUGUGGUGUGAUAAACCCUUGGAUAAAUAAAAAGGGAAGGUGGGACUUUGGGCUCUUUCUGUUAUGGUCUUCUCUUCCACCAGGGUCUUGAAAGACAAUCACAGCUGCCUUCCCCUUUUGGACGGAGUUUAAUGGAUUUUGUGGGCUCUGGGACCACCCAGAGGACUAGGGCUGUGUAUGGGCAUCUGGUUGCCCCAAGCUGUUUGUGGCGAGCCAGAUACCCAACACUCAUGAAUGACACUUAUGGCACCCCCGGGCAGUAGAUAUGUCUUUUUCCCCACAAGAAUCAGGCCUACCCAGGUGACUAGGUAGGAGAGGGGGAGAUGGCCUCUUCUAGCCUGCUCCCUGCUGUCAGGGCUACAGCAGGGGCUGCCUUGCCAUUCAAUAGACAGCACUGAGCAACUUACAGCAACUCGGGAGAAAUGGAGACAGUUUGACUGGUACCGUCUUCUAUCCUGAGCUGCUUAAUGUGUUGACGUGUCAGGGGAAGCCGUUUGAGGAUUCCCUGCUGGAAGGGGCAGAGGAGAGAAUAGUCACAGACAAGAAGAGGCUGAAUGUACUGCCCAGCUGCUGGGACCCUUGUGGAGCAUCAUUUCAGAUGGUCUCUGUGCUUCUUGGUAUUUGGCUAAGUGUGAAACCAGCUUCUUGUAAUUUUAUUUUCUCUCUUGCCAAUCAUAUUGCCCUGCUCAAGGCCUUUUGUAGAAAUUAGGUCUCUGCAGGAAAUGGAUAAUGAGGUCUGUUUAACCUUUUGGUGGAGCAGAAGCUAUGGAAGCAUACAGUUAAGGUGAAUGAGCUUUAGUUUAAAAGGAAGUUGACUGCUAAAUAGCAAACCAAAACAGCCAAUUAAUAUACGUAGCAGAAUGAGGCAGUAUAAUGGGAGAAAAUAAUUGGAGAGCGUGAACUCUCAUUUGCUAAGAUUUGGGACACUGUUGCUAAAUGCACUGUCUGUAUUUUUGCAGCCUGUCAACAGUUAGUGUUAGAUCAAUGCUUGCUUCUCACCAGUGUGAUAAGGGUCUUUCCGUCAGCUAUCAUGGGGAGAUGUCGGAGGCAGUGAUCCUGUAAACAGUGCUGAGGCUUGUUUGAGUUACAGUCCUGUAUACUGCUGCCAAAGCAUCCCUGACAUCCCACACUGCCGCGGUGCCGGCGGGUGGGGGGGAAAAGGUAACCCUGGGCCAUAGACAGGGACAGAUGAUUUACCAUUAGUGGACAGUCAUCUGGAGUUUUUUGUGUGAAAUGUAAGUGAACCACUAAUAAUAAAAAAGGUUUUCUUUAUGGUA